UCAGCAUCCUAAUUGGCCACUGUCUGCUGCCACACGAUGCUGGGAGGCCUGGGGAAGCUGGCUGCUGAGGGCCUGGCCCACCGCACCGAGAAGGCCACCGAGGGAGCCAUUCAUGCCGUGGAGGAAGUGGUGAAGGAGGUGGUGGGACAUGCCAAGGAGACUGGAGAGAAAGCCAUUGCCGAAGCCGUAAAGAAAGCCCAAGAGUCAGCGGACAAAAAGAUGAAGGAAGUCACUGAGACAGUGACCAACACAGUCACAAAUGCCAUCACCCAUGCAGCAGAGAGUCUGGGCAAACUUGGACAGUCUCUGAGCUCCGGGCAGAGCCCACACUGAAUCCUGGGUCUCCAAAAAGGGAGAAUUAUUAUGACGCUAGACCAUGUGAUGCUUUCACAGUGCACUUAAAAAGUUUUUUUAAACGAAGACACUUCU